AUGCCGCGAAUCACCAGAGGAUGGCAUGAUAGGUGUUACCUCACAGACCAACAGAGUGAUGACCUGAUAUACUUAUUAACCAGCGUCAUCGCUGAGUACAAGGCCGCUAACGUUACGUACUGGUUGACUUCGGGAACUCUGCUCGGUUAUUAUCGAACCAAGGAUAUAUUAAGACAUGACUACGACGCUGACCUGGCUGUUCUUUAUCCCUAUGGUGGUAAAUACGACGAAAAACAGUUGAUCCAAUCACUAACCAAGAAACACAUUUCUUAUUUAAGUUGCUACAACAAAAACGGCGACAGAAUUGGAGUUUGUGUAUUCAAAUACAAAGACGUAACUUUGGAUAUUAUGAUGUACAUUUCAUAUGAAGACCAUGCCCAUGGAAAAACUCGUCAGAUGUUAAGAAGGUUUCCUAUAGUUGAAGACGGGGACAAAAUGACUUACAUAGAAAUGAUUGACUACUCUUUACAGACAUUCCCAAUGUCAAUGGUAGUCCCACUGCAAUAUAAAUCUUUUCUCGGUAUGGGAGUUAACAUUCCCAAUAAAUUAGAAGAUUAUUUAUAUUUUCACUAUCGCACUUUUAAAUAUGAGAUGCCUUAUAAAUGGAAAUGUUGGUUCUAA